AUUUGAGAUCUAUGACAAAUAGAUGUGUCAGGGGCAAAUGAGAACUCUCCAUUAUUAGUACAGGGGAGACUUAGUUGUCCAUUUGUGCUUCUGAGUUUAUAUAAGACGUCAGAACUAUUACGCCGGUUACUUUGCCUCCGUCGGCUUUUUCUGCCGGAAUGGCCGACCAGAAAUUCUCCCACCAAAUAGUUGCCAUACCAUUCCCAGGAAGAGGCCACAUCAACCCGUUGAUGAACCUCUGCAAGAUCAUAGCCAUGGCGAAACCCCAAGUUCUCAUCACCUUCGUCGUCACCGAAGAGUGGCACGGUUUACUCAGCUCCGACGCCGCCAUGCCGGUAAACGUCCGGUUUGGGUGUAUUCCCGACGUCCUCCCUUCCGAGCUGAUCCGGUCCAAAGAUUAUCCCUGCUUCAUCCGAGCCGUCUUUACGGAUAUGGAAGCUCCCGUUGACCGCCUUCUUGACGCUGUCGAGGCGCCGGCGGCUAGCGUUAUUAUCUCCGACGUGUUCUUGUUGACGUGGGUACUGGGUGUCGGAAAUCGGAGGAAUAUUCCGGUGGCGUGUUUUUGGUGCGGGUCUGUCACGAUGUUCUCUCUUUGGUUUCAUCACCGACUGCUACUCGUGAAUGGGCAUUUUGAUGCGAAUUUGUCCGAGAAAGGAGAUGAAGUGGUGGACUACAUCCCUGGAGUUUCUUCCAUGCUUGUGAAGGAUCUUCCGCCACUAUUCCAUGGCAAACCUCCAGGUCCAGCUGUGCGUUCGCUUCUUCUUGGUUCUUUCUCAGCAGCACAGAGAGCGCAAUACCUUCUGUUCACUUCUAUUGCAGAAUUGGAAACUGCCGCCAUUGAAGCUCUCAGACCUAAACUUCAAACCUCUAUUUAUUCCAUCGGCUCUGCAAUACCUUACUUCUAUACUGACCAAACUUACCCAGAUUACCUCACCUGGCUCGAUGCUCAACCCGCGCGUUCUGUGUUGUAUAUUUCUCAGGGAAGCUUUCUGUCGCUUUCGGCUGAGCAGAUGGAAGAGAUCGUCGCCGGCGUUCAUGACAGCGGAGUUCGUUUCUUCUGGGUGGCGCGUGAAAACACGCAGCGGCUGAGGGAGAGGGAGAGAGGUGGCGGUGGCAAGCAAUUAGGGUUAAUAGUGGCGUGGUGUGAUCAACUGAGGGUGUUGCGCCACCGCUCUGUGGGCGGCUUUUGGACGCAUUGCGGGUGGAACUCCAUCAAAGAAGGGGCGUUCGCCGGCGUUCCUUUUCUUGCUUUUCCGAUAGCUCUUGAUCAGCUCACAAACAGCAAGCAGAUUGUGGAAGAUUGGAAGAUUGGGUGGAGUGUAGUGAGGAAGAACAAUGAUGAUGAUGAUGGUGGGAUAGUGAAAAGAGGAGAGAUUGCGCAACUUGUGAGGAGAUUUAUGGAGUGUGGGUGCGAUAAUAAUAAUGAAAGUAAAGAAUUGAGGAGAAGAGCAAAUCAGAUUGGAGAGAUGUGCAGAGAGUCAACAGAAGGCGGAUUGGCUAAGCACGAUCUUCAAACAUUCAUUGAAGAUGUUUUAGGAACCGGCAAAUAAGAUUUUAAGGAGAGA